AUUAUUGAGGGAAAAUUCAGUAAUAGUUUAACACUCGGGGAGUUCGCUUCGUUUUGCACGCAAGGAUAAUUUUUGUGCUUUUUAUAUUGCACCGUGUUAUCUGUAGUCAAGUUGGCCUGACCCGUUGACGAUUAAAGAGAACCUUCAGCAUGGGGGUGGCUGAAGAUUUCGCUCCCAGCUUUGUGAAAAAGCCACAAUUGCAUCAGGAAGACGAUGGCAAUCGUUUGAUAUUCGAGUGCCAACUUUUGUCGGCUCCAAAACCGGAUAUCGAAUGGUUUCGAAGUGAUAACAAAUUAUCAGAGGAUGGUCGAACCAAAUUCAAAAUCCAACCAAUUGGAGACAACAAAUUUACGGUAGUAUUAGAAUUGGACGAUGUCGUUGAAACAGAUGCAGGCCUUUAUAAGGUUAAAGCAAAAAAUAAAUCGGGAGAAGUAUCCGCAUCAAUUAAUUUAAACUUCACACUGGGAAAGUUUUGUCUUCUUGAAGACAUAAGACAAAUCGACGGCAUCGCCCCGACAUUCGCGAAAAAACCCACCAUACGACAAGAAGAGGAUGGAAAGCGUCUUUUAUUUGAAUGCCGAGUAAAUGCCGAUCCUCUACCAACAAUCACAUGGUUUCAUAAUGGCACGCCUGUUAAGGAAUCUACAAGACAUAAACUUAUCGUCGAUAAGGAUGUACAUUCGUAUUUUGCAGCUCUUGAAAUUCAAAAUGUCACAGUUGAGGAUGCUGGCAAAUAUAAAGUAAAUGCAAAAAAUGAGCUUGGCGAGAGUAAUGCAACUAUCAGUCUAAACUUUGACAGCGACGAGGCUCCCAUGCCGGAGAGCACAGAUGGAAUUAAGCCCACAUUUACUGAACGUCCCGUUAUUUGUCAAAGCGAGGAUGGUGGAAAUGUUACUUUUGAAUGUAGAUGCGUUGGAGAUCCAACACCAACGGUUACAUGGUCACAUGGCGAGACAGUCUUGAGUGAGGGCAAACGCUACAAAAUGUCAUUAACUCUGGAUCAAAAACUCUACCAUAUGGCACGCUUAGAGAUUAGCAGUGUAGUCUCAAGCGACCAAGGCGAAUAUCGAGCCCAAGCGAAAAAUAAACAUGGUACCGGCAUUGCAACGAUUAAUUUAAACUUUGAAAGCGGCUCGAAAAAAAUUCCGGACGGUAAGUCUCCACGAUUCCCAAAAAAACCAACAAUUCGACAAGAGGAGGAUAUAUUGUUAAUGGAAUGCAUUUUGGAGGCACAUCCAGUUCCGGAUAUAACCUGGUAUUGCUCAGAUAAGCAGAUCACAGACACUCUACGAACUAAAAUGACACGAAAGGCCAUUACCAAAGACAGCUAUAUUUUAACGCUCGAAAUACAAAACCCCACUAAAGAUGAUGGUGGCAACUAUCGAUGCAACGCUAUUAAUAUGUAUGGAGAAAGCAAUGCAAAUAUUGCGCUUAAUUUCCAAGGUGCGAAUGAUGCAAAUGGUUUUGCGCCGUCCUUCAUCGAGAAGCCUAGGAUAAUACCAAAUGAGACAGGCACUUUAAUAACAAUGAAGUGUAAAUGCAAAGCAAAGCCUGAACCAACAGUAACGUGGUACAGAGGACAAGAGCUUGUCACAAAAAGUAAAAAAAUUAAAAUCAACAGCACGAUAAUCUCCGAAGAUAUUUAUGAAUUGACUUUGGAAAUUAAGGAUCCCGGAGCAACUGACGGUGGUACCUACCGGUGCAAUGUAAAAAAUGAUUUCGGUGAAUCAAAUGCGAAUUUGAAUUUAAAUAUUGAAGCAGAGCCUGAGCCCGAAGGUGAAGGCCCAACAUUUAUUGAAAAGCCCCGCAUUAUAUCUGAAAAUAAUGGUAAACUUGUCAUUAUGGAGUGCAAAGUCAAGGCUGAUCCAAAGCCAGAUGUUAUUUGGUUCCGCAAUGGAGAUGUUAUUCAGGAAUCCAAUAAACUGAAAAUGUCCAUGGAACAGCGAGGUGAUCAGUACUACAUUAAAUUGGAAUUACUUGACCCGCAGUUGGAGGACUCGGGACUGUAUAAGUGCAACAUUAAAAAUUCAUUGGGAGAACUGAAUGCGAAUCUCACUCUGAAUAUUGAAAUUGUUCCUGUCAUAAAGGACAAACCUAAAAUCAUUAAGAUAAUAAAAAAACGAACUGUUGUCAUUGAAUGCACAGUUGCUUCCAAAUUUGAACCAAAAUGUACAUGGUACAAGGAAAGCAAUACGGUUCAAGAAAGCAACCGACAUGUGUAUCUAAUUGAAAAAACGAAAGAAGGUGAAUUUGCAGUGAAGCUUGAAAUAAAUGAAGUCGAAGAUAGUGAUAAAGGAGCAUACAAAUUGGUGGCAAGCAAUGAAAAGGGCGAGGCUGUAUCCCAAGUGGUCAAUCUAGUUGACAUUCCAGAGGAAGAGCGUAAACCAACAAAACCGCAAAUUACCCGUAAACUUGUUGAUCAAAAAAUAACUGAAACAAAUACAUUUGAACUUUUGAUAAGUCUAAAGCAAUCUGAUCGCAAAUGCAAAGUAGAGUGGUAUAAAGGAAGCACUCUUAUUCGUGAAACAAAGGAUAUUACAACAACAUUUGAUGGCACGAUUGCCAGAUUGACUUUUAGUUCAGCGAAAACGGAGAAUACGUCAAAUUAUAAGGUCGUUGUCGUCAAUGAGGCUGGCAAGGAUGAGUCCUCUUGCAAAAUUACUGUUGAAAAGAAGAGCAAAAAGAAAGAUGAAAAGGUUGAACAGGAAAAGGAAGGAGAAACCGAAAAGAAAACAAAGAAUGAAGAAGUCAUUAAAGAAAAUCAAGACCAAGAAAUCAAAGAUAAAUCGAAACAGAAAAAGAAAGAUGACAAUGCGGCACAUGAUAUUAAGAGCGAAAGUAAUGAAAUUGAAGAUCCUUUAAAACAUGAAAUCAAAAAUACAGAACAGAAAACACCAAGUAAAUCAAGAGAAGACGAAAACAAAGCUGAAGAGGAAAAGGAAAAUGCUCCAAAGCCCGACUCGAAAAUAUUAAAAUCUUCAGAUGAAUCAGCAUCAGAUAGAAAUAAAAUUAUAUCUUUAGAUGAUAAAAAAGACGUAAAAGAGCCAAACAACGAUCCUUCGCUGGAAGAGAAUAUGCAUCCCGCAAAACAACAAAAAAUUGUGGAGAAGAAUAAAAAAGAAGAAAAAGCAGUUCCAAAAGACAAAUCUAGCAGCGAAGUUAAGAAAUCGCUCGAUAUUAAUGUCGAUGACCUAGAUUCGGUUAAAAAUAAGCCAGUUUUGAAUGAAGAAUCAAAAAAGAAACAAAAUAAAAAAGAUUCCGAUUUGACUGUGAAACAAAAUGAUAAUUUUGCAGGUCAAUCUCCUGAGCAAGAAUCUUCUGAACAAGUGGCCCUGAAGAAAAUUGAACGCAAAGCCAGUGUUGUAUCUGUUAAAGAAGAAUCCAAAUCUGAGGUACGUCGAAAGUCAAUAGCAAAGGCACACGAAGACGAUUCCUCAGUUUCAUCAAGAAGAUCUUCACUUGUGGAGGAGAGUUUCGCAUCUGAGUCGAGGCGUACUUCUAUUGUGGAGAAGAAAGCAUUGGAGGAAGUUGUUGUUCACAACAACAAAAUUGAAGCCAACAGUAAUCCUCAAGCCAUAAAAGAAGAAAUUCCGAAGUUGAAACCAGCGGGGAAACGUCCAAUUUCAAAGACAGUAGAGGAGCAAAAACCAGUCGAGGAACUACCAAAGUUACGAAAAACAUCGAUUGCACAGCCAAAAGAGGAAGUGAAGCCUGAAACUAAACCAAAGGCCAAAGCCAAACCUAAAGCAAAACCAAAGUACGAAGAGCUCCCAGAAAUUCCAGAUUACGAACGUCCAACCCUUGAAAAAUACGAAAAAUCGGAAUUCAAACCCACUGAUUUUGCACGUGAUCUUGAAAUACCCAAUAAAAUGGAGAAACCAGUUUUAGAACUACCCAUUAAGCAAGCAGAAACGGCGCAGAAUAAUAAUGGGCUUGCUAAGAAAAAUAAAAUUAUAGAAGAAGAAUUGGAACAACCAAAAGGUAUUAAAAUUGGCAAAGGUAAACUUCCGGCUGAGGAGGAUAUUAGAGACGGCGCAACACUUAAACCCGUAAUAGUCGAACCAAAGACGGAUAAUCCAAUAGAACGCGCCGAAAAAGGAAAAAAGGAAAAUACCCCAUCUGUGAUGGAUAUUGUAAAACAACGACGUCGUUCCUCUAUCCGAAGCUUAAUGACUAAGGAACCCAUUCAGAACGAAUCUUUCCUUGGAAUAGUUUUAAAACCUGUAGUAAAGGACGCUAAAGAAAUAGUUCAGCCACAGCAAGCUAAAGAGUUACUUAAGGCACAUGUGACGGAACAAUUAACUCCCACGAAUGCAACCAAAGCGAAAAUAUCUGAUUUAAAAAAACCUGAACCUAUACCAACCAUUGUGGAUAAUAAUGAACGACCUGAGUUAGAUAAUUAUGAACGUGUGGAAAUUGAAAAAGUUAAACCGAAACCUGAGAAGCCCAUUACAGUCAUUAACACUCCGGACAAGCAACCUGACGUUCAAGUGCCUGCUGACAGCUUGAAGGAAGACAAAACGAAAGUUCCCAGAAUGCAGCCUCCUGCGCCCGGUGAGCCACCAAAAAUUGAGGUAAUUCGGGAGAAGCGUCCAUCACUUGCUCCAGAGCCACCGAGUAGACGAGGAUCCCUAAUUCCUCCCGCCGACAUGGGCCGUCGACCAUCCUUAAUCAUUAAUGACGAGAAGAAACUACGCCCCGGCGAAGUUAUGGAUACGCGGUUAUUGAGGCCAGGCGAGGUUGGUGAAGGACAGCGGAGACGUCCUUCCAUUGAUGUACGGAGACCAAGUGUUCAAGACCUGGAAGACCUUAUAAACAAACCUUCAACUCCGUUGCGUGAUGUUGGUGAUGGAGGUCCACCCUCAAUUAUCGAUGUACAGGAGUCAUACUCCGUGGUCGAAGACUCGACGGCCUACCUUACGGUUGGUGUCGAGGGCAACCCAGCACCUACAUUUAAAUUCUACAAAGGCGUUAGUGAAAUACUUGAGGGCGGUCGCUACAAAUUCCUAACGGAUGGGCAAACGAACACAAUUACAUUGUGUAUGCGUAAGUGCAAACCGAACGAUGAAAGCAAAUAUAAGGUUGUUGUUUCGAAUAUACAUGGUGAGGACUCCGCGGAGAUGCAAUUAUAUGUCUCCGAUUCAAGUGGUAUGGAUUUCCGUGCCAUGCUUAAAAAACGUCGUUAUCAAAAAUGGGACAAAGAAGAACAAGACCCUAAUUGGGGCGAUCUUAAAGAAACUGAAAAACCGUUGCCCGCUUUAAAAAAAGUCGAAAGGAAGGUUGAGUCAUUCCUUAGCCCGCUGAUAGACCAGUUCGCAAAGGAAGGAAAAGAUAAGAAAGUUGUAUUUGAAGCGCGAUUCAGCAAGCCAAAUUGCAAACCGAAAUGGCUUUUUAGAAAAGAUGAGGUGUUCACAGGCAGCAAAUACAAAUUCAAGCAAGAGAAUGAUACGUACCAGUUGAUAAUAACAACGCCUAAGGUGGAGGAUACUGGCAAAUACACAAUUGAAAUUGGCGGCGUGUCCAGCACCGCAUUUCUUAAUGUUGAGGAAGCCGAUCCCACCUACACAUUUACAAAACCACUCAAAAAGAAACUUGAAGGAUUUACGCGACAUGAGACGACAUUGGAAUGUGCUGUUAGCAGUAGCAUGGCCAAUGUGCAUUGGUUCAAGGAUAACAAAAAAAUUGAAUCGGAUGAUCCACGUUAUUUGAUCUCCAAAGAUAUUAAUGGUAAUCUAAAGCUCAUUAUCAAAGAAUCUCUAUUGGAGGACACGGGCAAAUAUCGAUGUCAAUUAGAUAAACAACCAGAUAAAACCGAAUGUGCCCUUAAUGUUGUGGAGUAUCCCUACAAGUUUGUCAAAGUACUCAAAUCACAGCAAUGUAUAGAGAAGGAUACUGUUACCCUGGCUUGUGAAAUUGACGAUGCCCAAGGUGAUGUUCAAUGGUUCCGUAAUGAUGAGGAAAUAAAGCCCGAUAAACGUAUGCAAAUUAUUAAAGACGGCCGUAAGCGAAAGCUUGUGAUUAAAGAUUGCAAAGUUACUGAUGCGGGUCAGUUUAGGUGUACAACAAAUGCUGAUAAGACCGACGCUGAAAUUAUCAUAAACUAUCAAAAUCGAUUCAACAAGAAACUUAAAGACACUGAUGCUGUGGAGCGUGAGAUGGUAUUAGAUGUAGAGCUACAGGAUCAAACAGCUCCAUGUGAUUGGAAGUUUAAUGGAGAACCCAUAGUGCCAAACGAACGUAUUGAAAUUAAAAAUUUAGGCGGUGGUAAACAUCAAUUGGUUUUUAACAGUCUUGAAUUAACCGAUGUUGGUGAGAUAACCUGUGAGUCGGGACAAUUGAACUCAACCUGCAAACUUUCUGUACGCAAAGGAGAGAGUAGACCCAACAUCGAUUGUCCAGAUGAGUUCGCUGGUCCUAUAAGUGCAGCUGUAAUUAUUGAAGUGCCCUACAAAGUCUGCGGUACAAGACAAACUCCGAUUGAAGCUAAAUUAAUUAAAGAUGGCAAACCCUUGCCCGUCAAGGAUGUCGAAGUUGCGGUCACCGAUGACAAGGUUACCUUUAAAAUUAAAAAACCCUCACGAGAUUUGUCAGGACCAUAUCAAAUAAAAAUUGUCAAUGGGCAGGGUGAAGAUACGAAAAAUGUUAACAUUAUAUGCCAAGAUGUCCCAGAACCUCCGAGAGAUAUAGAUAUUACUGAUGUGUAUCAAACUUCAUGUGUCGUGCAAUUCAAACCACCAGCGGACGAUGGCGGAAGUCCUAUAACAAAAUACGUGAUCGAACGCCAAGACUUGAGCAAAAAACAAGGCUGGGAUCCUGUCGCUGAGGUUCUACCAAACGAGCCAUGUCUUAAGAAAAUUGACGACUUGGUACCAAAGAAGCAGUACAGAUUCCGUUUACGUGCUGUCAACAAAAUUGGCCCAUCUGACCCGGCUACCUUCAAAAACUCAAUACUCGCAAAAGAUCCAUGGGAUGAGCCUGGUAAACCAAAAGAGGUUGAUCUGGUCGAUUGGGAUAAAGAUCAUGCUGAUUUGAAAUGGGAGGCACCCGACAGCGAUGGUGGUGAUCCCAUCACAGCAUACGUUGUUGAAUAUAAGGAAAAAUUCUCCAAUGAUUGGGUGGCCGGCAAAGAAGUACCCGGAGAUGCUAGAACAGCAACCGUUAAUGAUCUCAAAGAGGGCCAACAGUACGAAUUUCGAGUCCGUGCUAUUAAUCGAGCUGGUCCUGGCGAGCCUAGCGACAAGACGAAAGCCAUUAUUGCCAAAUGCCGUUUUGUUAAGCCAUUCCUCAUUGGCGAUGGCCUUAAAAAUAUCACUAUUAAGAAAGGGCAAACUGUGCGCUUUGAUAUAAAGUAUGACGGUGAACCGGAACCAACGGCUAGUUGGUUGAAAGAUACACAAGUACUAAAGUUUGACAAUCAGCGCACUUGUCUGGAGCAACUCGAGCGUAACUCGUCCAUUACUAUUAAGAAGGCGGUGCGCAAGGAUACCGGCAAAUACAAAUUAGUUUUGACGAAUAGUUCAGGUACAAUUGAAUCGGAAGCACAAGUUGUGGUUCUUGAUCGUCCAUUGGCACCCGGUGGUCCCUUUGAGCCAGAAGAAGUUCGUGCUCAUCAUAUUAAGAUGAAAUGGAAGCGCCCUGCUGAUGAUGGCGGUUGUGAAAUCACCGGCUAUGCGUUGGAGCGUAUGGAUGAUGAAACUGGACGCUGGAUACCAGCGGGAGAAGUUGGCCCAGAAGAGACGUCAUUUGAUUUCAAGGGACUCACACCAAAUAAAAAAUACAAAUUCCGUGUCAAGGCUAUUAACAAAGAAGGCGAGUCCGAACCGCUUGAAACAACUGAUGCGAUUGUUGCCAAGAAUCCAUACGAUCCUCCAAGUCCACCAAAUCAACCAGUCAUUGAUGAUUAUGAUAAUAAAAGUGUACUUCUUAAAUGGAAAAGACCUCCAUCGGAUGGUGGACGACCAAUUACACAUUAUAUUGUUGAAAUUAAGGAUAAAUUUUCGCCAACGUGGACGGAAGUAACCAAAACGGAGGAUCCAACGCCCGAAUGCAAAGUUGAAGGACUUAAGGAAAAAAUGAUCUAUCAAUUCCGAGUACGUGCUGUCAACAAGGCUGGACCCUCAGAGCCAUCACAGCCUACCGAUAAUCAUUUGUGCAAGCAUAAAAAUCUUAAGCCACAAAUUGACCGAACGACCUUUAAGCGGGUUACUCUCAAGAGUGGUCGAACUCAUAAAUGGUCGGUGGACGUUAGCGGUGAGCCCGUACCGGAAUUGGCAUGGAGUUGGCGAGAUGAUGUUCCAUUAACGAGCGGUGAUCGAAUUACUAUCGAAAAGGUUGACUACCACACGGAAUUUGUGAUAACAAAUGUAAAGCGCAACGAUAGUGGGCUCUAUACAUUGAAAGCUGAAAAUCGAAAUGGUGUUGAUCGCGAAACGGUUGAGUUAAUUGUUUUAGGUAAGCCCAGCUCACCAAAGGGACCACUCGUUGUCGACGAUGUUACCGCAACUGGAUGUAAGCUGCAUUGGAAAAAGCCGGAUGACGAUGGCGGAGUACCGAUUAAGGAAUAUGUGAUUGAAAAAAUGGAUACUGCAACUGGUAAAUGGAUUCGAGUUGGUAGAUCAGCUGGUGAAAAAGAACCCCCCAGUUUUGACGUGACUGGGUUAAAUCCGGGAUCAGAGUAUAAAUUCCGUGUGUCGGCAGUCAAUGAGGAGGGCGAAUCAGAACCAUUAACAACACUUGUAGGCGUUGUCGCCAAAGAUCCCUUCGAUGAGCCAAAUAAACCUGGUACUCCAGAGGUUGUCGAUUAUGACAAUCAAAGUGUUAAACUGAAGUGGACCCCACCAAAUAAUGAUGGUGGUGCUCCAAUUCAAAAGUACAUCAUUGAAAAGAAAGAUAAAAAUAAACCAGAAUGGGAAAAAGCUUUGGAAGUUUCAGGUGAUCAUUUGGAAGGAACAAUUGCCGGUCUUCAGGAAUAUGGUGAAUACGAGUUCCGAGUAAUUGCCGUCAACAAAGCUGGCCCAUCUCCACCGUCAGACGCAAGUCUGCCACAGAUCAUCAAAUAUAAAAAAUUGAAACCUCGAAUUGAUCGCACCAACUUAAAGCCUUUGCUAAUACGUGCUGGCAAACCUAUAAAAUACGACGUCAAUGUACGUGGUGAACCAGUUCCAACAAUUACAUGGUAUCAAAACGACAAUGAGCUCAAACCAGAAAACUUGCCAAGCAAUGCUGAAAUUAAAAACAUACCUCAUAAUACUAAAUUAUCGAUAAUAGACGCGGUACGAGAGCACACUGGUGUCUAUAAGAUUCGCGCUGAGAAUGACCAUGGUUUUGAUGAGGCAACUGUUGAAGUGAACGUUUUGGGUCCUCCUGGUAAGCCAAGGGGACCGUUAACGGUCAACGAUAUUACCAAGGACAGCUGCAAGUUAAAAUGGAAGAAACCAGAAGAUGAUGGUGGUAAGCCCAUAACGGCCUAUCAAGUCGAGAAAUUCGAUAAAAAACAAGGUCGUUGGGUACCCGUCGGACGUACCUCUGGUAAUGAUACCGAAUUUGAUGUCAAAGGUCUUCAGGAAGGCCAUGAGUAUCAGUUUCGGGUCAAGGCCAUUAAUGAGGAGGGCGAAUCCGAACCUCUCGAGACCGACGGCAGCAUAAUUGCUAAAAAUCCAUAUGAAGCGGCCAGUAAGCCAGGUACACCUAUAAUCGAGGAUUACAAUGAACAUAUGGUCAAACUAAAAUGGGAGGUACCAAAAGACAAUGGUGGUGCCCCCAUCACAGGUUACAUUAUUGAGAAAAAAGAUAAAUUCGCACCGAUAUGGGACGAAGUUCUUACCACGAACACACCUGCACCAGAGGCAACAGUCGAGGGUCUUAUCGAAGGAAACGAGUAUCAAUUCCGUGUUCGAGCUAUUAAUAAGGCAGGCCCUAGCGAACCAAGUGAUGCGACUGCACCUCAUUUAGCCAAGCCAAGAAACCUCAAACCAUCCAUAAACCGAGAGAAAAUGAAACCCAUUAAAGUUCGAGCGGGUCAACCAGUUAAAUUUGAUGUAGAUGUCAAAGGAGAGCCCGCACCAACGUUAACGUGGGCCUUUAAAGAAAAAGAAAUUACGCCUAGUGGUCAAGCACGAUUAGAUAAUGAAGACUAUAAUACUAAACUGACAUUGUUAGAUACGACACGCAAAGAUAGUGGCGUCUAUAAACUUCGUGCUGAGAAUAUUAAUGGUGUUGAUGAGGCGGAAGUGGAAGUUAUUAUAUUAGAUAAACCUUCGAAGCCCGAAGGUCCAUUGGAUGUAAGCGAUAUUCAUAAAGAAGGCUGCAAACUGAAAUGGAAGAAACCAAAAGAUAAUGGUGGUGUACCUCUUACUGGAUAUGUUGUCGAAAAAAUGGAUACAGCGACUGGUAAAUGGGUACCUAUUGGAUCUGUUGAUCCUGCGAAAACUGAGAUUGAUGUGAAGGGUCUCGAGCCCAAUCAUCGCUAUCAAUUCCGUGUUAAGGCUGUCAAUGAGGAAGGCGAAUCGGAACCACUAGAAACGGAAUCAGCAAUUACAGCGAAGAAUCCAUUUGAUAUAGCUUCACCGCCUGGCUUACCAGAGCUGGAAGAUUGGGAUGAGCAUCACGUUAAAUUGAAAUGGGAACCACCUAUGCGAGAUGGGGGAUCACCAAUUACAAACUACAUUAUUGAAGUAAUGGACAAGGAUUCCGGAGAAUUUGUAAAAGCAGCCGAAACCGAUGGUCCCAUUUGCAAAGGUGUUGUCAAGAAGUUGGAGGAAGGUCAACAAUAUAAGUUUCGGGUUCGUGCUAUCAACAAAGCUGGCCCGUCAGAACCAUCUGAGCAAACGAAUUGGCAUACUGCAAAGCCUAGAUUCUUGAAACCCCAUAUUGACAGAACGAAUUUGAAGCCUAUAACUGUCAAAGCAGGAUUGUCAAUUAGCUUGGAUGUUAAUGUGAAAGGUGAGCCAGCUCCAACGGUUGAGUGGCUAUUUAAUAGUUUGCCCGUUGUCACCGAGGAAGAGGGUAUUAAGAUUGAUAACGUGGAUUAUAAUACCAAAUUCUUCAUAAUGCGAGCCAAACGCCCGCAGAGUGGCAAAUACACCAUAAAGGCUACAAAUGAAGUGGGCGAAGAUAUUGCAGAAUUAGAAGUGACAGUGUUGGGCAAACCAGGAAAACCAAAGGGCCCACUCGAAGCAAGCGAUAUAACGAAGCACGGCUGUAAGCUGAAAUGGAAAAAGCCUGAUGAUGAUGGUGGCUCUCCGAUAGACUAUUAUGAAAUUGAAAAACUUGAUCCACAUACGGGACAAUGGUUGCCAUGUGGCAAAAGCUCAGAGCCCGAAGCUAAGGUAACUGGACUUCAAGAAGGUAAGCCUUACAAAUUCCGUGUGCGGGCUGUUAAUAAGGAAGGUGAAUCUGAGAGCUUGGAAAUGGAACAAUCGAUUAUUGCAAAGAAUCCAUAUGAUGAACCCGACAAACCGGGACGCCCAGAGCCUACGAAUUGGGACAAGGAUUUUGUUGAUUUGGCAUGGACGCCGCCUAAAAAUGAUGGGGGAGCGCCAAUACAAAAAUAUAUCAUACAAAUGCGUGAUAAGUCUGGUAGAGCUUGGGUGGAUGCGGCCACUGUUCCGGGUGAUAAAACCAAGGGGACGGUUACUGGAGUUGAGGAAGGACAUGAGUACGAGUUCCGCGUUGUUGCUGUAAACAAAGCUGGUCCAAGCGAUCCCAGCGAUGUCUCCAAGUCCGUGGUGGCAAAACCACGAUUCUUAAAACCACACAUUGAUCGCAAGAAUCUACAAAAGAAGAUCAUGCGCAGUGGCCAAAUGUUACAUAUGGAGGCUGCAGUUAAAGCCGAGCCUCCAGCGAAAAUCACCUGGACAUAUAAUGGAGAGGAAAUUGUAAGCAAUGAAAAAAUUAAAAUUGAAAAUGAAGAGUAUAAGACGACGUUUAUAAUGCCUAAAGUACGACGCGCCGAUAAAGGUUUGUAUGUGGUUUCAGCUAAAAAUGAUUCUGGAACGGAUAUGGUAGAGAUUGAGCUGGAAGUAUUAUGCAAGCCAAGCAAACCAAAGGGACCUUUAGCUGUAUCCGACGUGUCGGCUGAAAGUGUACACCUAAAAUGGGAAAAGCCAGAUGACGAUGGUGGAGAACCCAUUGAACAUUAUGUAGUUGAACGUAUGGAUACCGAAACUGGUCGUUGGGUGCCAGUUGCGACAACAAAAACGCCCGAAGCCAAUAUUACCGGUUUAACCGAAGGCAAAGAAUACUUCUUCCGCGUAAAGGCUGUCAAUAGCGAAGGAGAAUCCGAACCUUUGACCACUGAUACGCCAAUUACAGCGAAAAAUCCAUACGAUGCAGCCAAUACACCUGGUAAGCCACAACUUACUGAUUGGUCGGCUAAUCAUGCCGAUCUCAAAUGGCGGGAGCCAGAAGAUGAUGGUGGUACUCCUAUUACCGGCUAUAUUGUUGAGAAGAAGGAUAAUAAUACCGGCAAAUGGCAAAAAGUAUUAGAAACAAAUACUCCUGCUUGCAAGGCCCGUGUUAACGAUUUGAUAGAAGGCACCAAAUAUCAGUUUAGAGUCAAGGCUAUCAACAAGGCGGGCCAGAGUAAGCCAUCUGAGCCUUCGGAUCAAAUGAUAGCCAAAGACCGAUUUGCACCACCGAAAAUUGAUAGAACCAAUAUUAAGGAUAUUACUAUCAAGGCUGGUCAGCAUAUACGAUACGACAUUAAAAUUUCAGGAGAGCCAGUCCCAUCCAAGAUAUGGUUCCAUAAUAAAGCUCGAAUCGAAGAUGAUGCGUAUAACAUUGAUAUGGAAGCGCAUCGCACAAAAUUAUCACUUCCGUAUGCCAAGAGAAUACAUACCGGCAAAUACACCAUCAAAGCUGAAAAUGAAUCGGGCCAUGAUGAGGCCUCCUUCGAGGUAACUGUUUUAGAUAAACCAGCUUCACCAGAAGGUCCAUUGCGUGUCUCAGAUGUGCACACGGAAGGAUGUAAGCUAAAGUGGAAUCCACCUCUGGACGAUGGUGGAUUGCCCAUUGAGCACUACGUGGUUGAAAAAAUGGAUCUGGAGUCUGGUCGCUGGCUACCAUCGGGUCGCUUUAAAGAGCCAUUUGCUGAAUUAAAUAAUUUAGAGCCCGGUCACGAGUACAAAUUUCGAGUGCUGGCAGUCAAUACGGAAGGUGAAUCGGAGCCACUUAACGGUGAUCAUUCAAUUAUUGCCAAGAAUCCAUUUGAUGAACCAGGCAAACCCGGCACUCCAGAACCUGUUGAUUGGGAUAAGGAUCGCGUUGACUUGGUAUGGCGACCGCCAUUAAAUGAUGGUGGCUCUCCCAUAACGUCUUAUGUUAUUGAAAAACGUGAGAAAGGCGGAAAUAAUAAAUGGUUGAAAGGAGCUGAAAUACCUGCACCGCAAUUUGGUGAAGAGUGUAAGGCGUCGGUGCCAAACCUGGACGAAAACUGUGAAUACGAGUUUCGAGUUAAAGCUGUUAAUGCGGCUGGCCCGGGAGAACCAUCCGAUGCUAGUCGAUCCGUCGUCACAAAACCUAGAAAACUUGCACCCAAAAUUGAUCGCCGCAAUAUUCGCACGUAUAAUGUGAAAGGUGGUGAGCCAAUAUUCUUGGAUAUUAACGUUAGCGGCGAACCAGCUCCCGAAAUAAGUUGGACUCAAAAUGGCAAAACAAUAAGUCCCACAUCUGUAUGCCACAUCGAAAACGUGCCUUACAAUACGAAAUAUAUAAACAAUAACCCAGAACGCAAAGACACAGGGCUUUAUAAAAUUGUUGCUCAUAACCUUUAUGGGCAAGACCAAGUCGAAUUUCAAAUAAAUAUAAUAACAAAGCCAAGUAAACCUGAAGGUCCCUUGGAAGUAUCUGACGUUCACAAGGACGGCUGCAAACUGAAGUGGAAAAAACCAAAGGAUGACGGCGGCGAACCAAUCGAUAGUUAUUUGGUCGAAAAAUACGAUCCUGAUACUGGCAUUUGGUUACCUGUGGGUAAGACCGAUAUACCUGAAAUUAAUGUGGAUGGAUUGAUACCUGGUCAAGAGUACAAGUUCCGUGUGAAAGCCGUUAACAAAGAAGGCGAAUCUGAGCCAUUGGAGACUUUAGGCUCAAUCAUCGCUAAAGAUCCAUUCACUACACCAUCGAAACCAGGAGCACCAGAACCUACAGAUUGGACUGCAAAUAAGGUGGAAUUGGCGUGGACAGAACCAGCUACUGAUGGCGGCUCACCAAUAACCGGGUACAUUAUUGAAGUCAAGGAUAAAUAUAGUCCACUAUGGGAAAAAGCACUCGAGACAGACAUUGCAACUCCAGUUGCAACCAUCAAUGGAUUAAUUGAAGGCAAUGAAUAUCAAUUCCGCGUAAUUGCGCUUAACAAGGGCGGACAAUCCGAGCCAUCGGAAGCAAGCAAAACAUUUGUAGCUAAACCACGGUAUUUGGCUCCUAAAAUCGACCGCAGAAAUCUGCGAGAUAUAACUAUAUCAGCGGGAACUGCUCUCAAAUUUGAUGCAAAUAUUAUUGGCGAGCCAGCACCGAAAGUAAAUUGGAAAUUUUCGGAUUAUCCACUGCAAUCUGGUAAAAACGUUACAAUUGAAACUCCCGACUAUUUUACAAAAUUAGUGAUACGUCCGACACAUCGCGCCGACUCUGGCGAGUAUUUAGUUACGGCUACAAAUAGUUCGGGUAAAGACAGUGUGUUAAUUAACGUGAACAUAACGGAUAAACCAACUCCACCCAAUGGACCGCUUCAGAUAUCGGAUAUUCACAAGGAAGGGUGUCACUUGAAAUGGAAGCGCCCCAAUGAUGAUGGUGGUACCCCCAUAGAAUAUUUUCAAAUCGAUAAGUUAGAUCCGGAAACUGGAAAUUGGACACCUUGUGCUCGUUCUUCCGAGCCACAAGCCGAUGUUAAUGGUCUAACACCUGGUAGUGAGUAUAAGUUCAGAGUAUCUGCUGUAAAUGCCGAGGGUGAAUCCGCUCCCUUAGUUGGUGACGAAUCCAUUAUUGCUAAAAAUCCAUUUGAUGAGCCCGACAAGCCUGAGAAUCUUCGUGCUGUCGAUUGGGAUAAGGAUCACAUUGAUUUAGCCUGGACUCCGCCGUUAAAUGAUGGUGGUUCUCCUAUAAUUGGCUACCUUGUAGAAAAAAAAGAUAAGUAUGGCAAGUGGGAGAAAGCAUUGGAAGUUCCAGCUGAUCAAUGUAAAGCUACUGUACCCGAUUUAAUCGAGGGUCAAGCCUAUGAGUUCCGCGUCAGCGCUAUUAAUGCUGCCGGCCCUGGGGAACCGUCGAAUACCACAGGCCCAAUUAUCGCCAAAUCACGCAACAAGCCACCCGUCAUUGACCGCAGUAGUUUAAUUGAGGUUCGCAUUAAAGCGGGUCAAGCGUUUGGUUUUGAUUGCAAGGUCUCGGGCGAGCCAGUCCCAAAAACUAAAUGGCUACUAAAAAAGAAGGAAGUCUAUACGAAAGACAACGCAAAGGUCACUCAUUUGGAGUACAAUACUAAACUUAAGAUAACAAAUGCAACACGCUCUGACUCCGGUUUAUACACAGUGCAUGCAGAGAAUAUUAACGGUGAGGAUAGUGCUGACGUUAAGGUCAUCAUUAUUGAUAAGCCAUCGCCACCCAAUGGACCGCUUAAGGUGGAAAAUGUACAUGCCAAUGGUUGCACUUUGAAAUGGAGUCCACCCGACGAUGACGGAGGUCAGCCCAUUGACAGUUACAUUGUUGAGAAAUUCGAUGAAGCAACUGGACGUUGGGUGCCGGCUGGAGAAACAGAUGGACCUAAGACAAAUCUGGACGUUAAAGACUUGAUACCAGGACACAAAUAUAAGUUUAGAGUGCGUGCUAAGAACCGUCAAGGCACAUCAGAUCCACUAACUACACCCCAUUCAACUGAAGCUAAGAAUCCUUACGAUGAACCAACUAAACCAGGCACCCCUUCAAUUAAAGAUUUUGAUAAAAACUUUGUUGAUUUGGAGUGGGAGAGGCCAAACAGCGAUGGCGGCUCCCCAAUUAGUGGUUAUAUUAUUGAGAAGCGUGAUAAAUAUGCACCGGAUUGGGAAACAUGCGCAGAGAUUGAAGGCGAUGUUACCAGCGGUCAUGUACCUGAAUUAAUUGAGGGCGUUAAAUAUGAAUUCCGUGUGCGAGCUGUAAACAAAGCUGGGGCAAGUACGCCAAGUGAUCCAACAGCGCCUCAUUUGGCACGCGCGAAAAAUUUGCCCCCGAAAAUCGAUAGGAGUUUUAUGGCAGAUAUUAAGGUACGAGCUGGCAAUGUUGUUGAAUUCGAUGUACCGGUCAGUGGAGAGCCAAUACCAAGCAAGGACUGGUCGCAUGACGAUAAUAUUGUCAUUAAUACGGAUCGCGUGAAAAUUUCAAUUUUUGAUGAUCGUACAAAAUUACGCAUUCUUGACGCCAAACGGAUUGAUACGGGAACAUACACGCUACUGGCGCGCAACCAUAACGGUGUGGAUAAGCAUUCGGUUAAAGUGACGGUUCUGGAUGUUCCCAGCGUACCAGAAGGACCUCUACGUGGCGAUGACGCUACGAAGAACUCUAUCGUAUUACGAUGGCGACCACCCAAAGAUGAUGGUGGCUCAGAGAUCACUCAUUAUAUUGUAGAAAAAAUGGAUAAUGAUGCGAUGCGUUGGGUUCCAGUCGGCGAAUGUUCUGGCAACGAGUUACGUGCCGAGAAUCUUAUCGAAAAUCAUGAUUACAAUUUUAGAGUACGGGCUGUCAACAAAUUGGGCCAAUCACAUCCACUGACAACAUCACAAGCCAUUACAGCCAAAGACCCAUUCACGCGUCCUGAUAAACCAGGACAGCCUCAGGCUGUGGAUUGGGGCAAGACCUUUGUUGAUUUAGAGUGGGCAACGCCAAAACGUGAUGGAGGCGCGCCAAUCACUUCUUAUAUUAUUGAAAAGCGUCCAAAGUUUGGACAAUGGGAAAAUGCUUUGGUUGUGUUAGGUAAUGAACUCAAAGCUCACAUCCCUGACUUGACUGAGGGAGGUGAGUAUGAAUUCCGUGUCAUUGCAGUAAAUCGUGGCGGUUCAAGCGAUCCCUCAGAUCCGUCUGGCACUGUGAUUUGUAAGCCACGCUUCCUCGCGCCAUAUUUCGAUGCAUCUCUAUUAAAUGACAUUACCGUGCACGCUGGAAAACGCUUGGGUUGGACUCUUCCCAUUGAAGCAUCACCUAGGCCGAGCAUUAAAUGGCUUUUUAAUGGCAAGGAAGUGCUCGGUAAAUCAAAUCUCUUCCAAAAUGAACUGACUUUUGAGAUAUCAUCGGCACGUCGCAGCGAUGAGGGACGAUAUACUUUGAUAUUGAAAAAUGAACAUGGUUCGUUUGAUGCAUCGGCUCAUGCUACUGUACUAGAUCGCCCAUCUCCUCCAAAGGGUCCUCUUGAUAUAUCGAAAGUUUCUCGGGAUGGCUGCCACUUGGCCUGGCAUGUACCAGACGAUGAUGGCGGGUCUCCUAUACUACAUUACAUAAUCGAAAAGAUGGAUCUGUCCCGCGGCACUUGGUCCGAUGCCGGUAUGAGCACUCAUCCUGUUCAUGAUGUCAUACGUCUGAUCCACAACAAGGAAUAUUUAUUCCGCGUGAAAGCGGUCAAUGCUAUUGGAGAAUCGGAACCAUUGGAGCUCGCCAAGAGCAUUAUAGCUAAAAACGAAUUUGAUGAACCAGACGCUCCUGGAAAGCCACUUGUUACCGAUUGGGAUCGCGAUCAUGUCGACCUACAAUGGACACCACCGAAAUCUGAUGGCGGUGCCCCACUCUCUGAAUACAUCGUUCAAAAGAAGCAAAAGGGUAGCCCUUACUGGGCGAAUGUUUUACAUGUCCCUGGAAACAAAACAAACGCCACAGUUCCCGAACUUGUUGAGGGACAAGAAUACGAAUUUAGAGUGAUUGCCGUUAAUCAGGCUGGGCAGUCUGAGCCGUCAGAGCCAACAGAUCCCAUCAUGGCCAAGCCUCGUUAUUUGGCGCCAAAGAUCAUCACGCCCCUUAACGAGGUCCGCAUUAAAGCUGGACUUAUUUUUCACGUGGAUAUUGAUUUUAUUGGCGAGCCUGCUCCUGAAGCUAUUUGGACGCAUAAAUGUAAUCAAUUAAAAUCAAAUGAGCGUUCGACAAUUACUGCAAUUGGACACCAUACUGUUGUGCACACUGUAAAUUGUCAACGUUCAGAUUCCGGUAUCUAUCAUUUACUUUUGCGGAAUGAUUCAGGCAUUGAUGAGGGAAGCUUUGAAUUGAUUGUACUCGAUCGACCCGGACCACCAGAAGGUCCGUUGGUGUAUGAAGAAAUCACUUCAAAUUCCGUCACAGUAUCAUGGAAGCCACCCAAAGACAAUGGCGGCUCCGAAAUUUCGGCAUACGUUAUUGAAAAACGUGAUUUAACGCAUGGUGGAGGCUGGGUUCCAGCUGUGAAUUAUGUGAACGCAAAGUAUAAUCAUGCGAUUGUUCCUCGUUUGCUCGAGGGAACUAAAUACGAGUUUAGAGUUAUGGCUGAAAAUCUGCAGGGUCGAUCUGAUCCCUUAACAUCCGAGCAGCCUGUGAUUGCUAAAAAUCAAUACACUGUACCAGGAGCACCGGGUAAACCUGAUUUAAUUGACAGUGACAAGGAUCAUAUCGCUAUUAAAUGGAAGCAACCGAUUAGCAAUGGUGGCUCGCCGAUAUUAGGUUACGUCAUUGAACGACGUGAGGUCAGUACGGGCCGUUGGUUAAAGAUCAAUGGUGAACCAGUGCCAACCACCGAAUAUACCGAUAAUCGCAUAACACCAAAUCAUCAAUAUCAGUAUCGCAUAUCGGCAGUCAAUGCAGCCGGCAAUAGCAAACCUUCUGAGCCAUCAGCAACACUUACGGCCCGCCCUAUGCGCGAGAAGCCAAAACUUUAUUUGGAUGGGUUGGUUGGCAGACGUGUUAAGGUACGCGCUGGCGAACCAGUAAAUAUCAACAUACCCAUUUCUGGAGCACCAACGCCGUCAAUUGAAUGGAUGCGUGGUGAUCUAAAAUUGUCGGAGUCAAAGAAAAUCUCUUGCGAUACAAAUUCAGAAAGAACUAUUUUCCGUAUAGAUGAUUCUGCUCGAGAAGAUGCUGGAAUUUAUAAAUUGAGUGCCAAAAAUGAAUUUGGUCAGGAUUCAGCUGAUAUUGAAAUUAUUGUUGUGGACAAACCAUCGCCUCCUGUGGGACCACUUAACUACACGGAAACUGCUCCUGAUCAUAUCUCACUACAAUGGAAUCCUCCCAAAGAUAAUGGUGGUAGCGAUAUAACUGGCUAUAUUAUUGAGUUCAGUGAGUUUGGUGUUGGCAAUUGGAAACCCGUGCCGGGAUAUUGCCCCAAAACCAAUUAUUGUUGCAAGGGACUCAUAGAAGGCAAGAAAUAUGUGUUCCGCGUACGUGCUGAGAAUAUUCAUGGUAUCUCCGACGCAUUGGAAGGUAAGCCAGUUGUGGCCAAAUCACCAUUUGAUCCGCCUGGUGAGCCAUCACAACCCCAAAUUGUUGCAUACACUCCGAACUCAGCUUCAUUGGAAUGGCAUCCUCCAGAUUAUUGUGGAGGAAAACCGAUUUCAGGUUACAUUGUUGAGCGGCGAGAGCGAGGCGGUGAGUGGCUCAAAUGCAAUAAUUAUCCUACACCAAAUACCAGCUAUACCGUGCCCGAUCUACGUGAUGGUUGUCGCUACGAGUUCCGUGUGACAGCCGUAAAUGAUGCUGGCCCAGGAAAACCAUCGAAGCCAUCAGAACCAGUGACAGCGGAGCUACAACGCUAUCGUCCUGAUGCUCCAGAACCACCAAAAGCCGAUCGCAUCACAAAAGACAGCGUUACACUUUCAUGGCGCCCUCCACGUAAUGAUGGCAAGUCGAAAGUCAAGGGCUAUCACGUUGAAGUGCGUCCAAAGAACUCCAAAGAAUGGCGUCCCGUUAAUGAAUUACCAAUCAAUGCAAAUGUUUUUACUGUUCCUAAUUUGAAAGAAGGCGAAGAAUAUUCAUUCCGAAUUAUUGCUGAAAAUGAUGUUGGUCGCUCGGAACCCUCAAAACCAUCGCAGCCUAUCACAAUCAUGGAGCAACCUAAUAAACCAUGCAUGGAUUUGGGUGGUGUACGCGACAUUACUUGUAGGGCCGGCGAUGAUUUUAGCAUUCAUGUGCCAUAUGUGGCAUUCCCGAAACCAAAUGCUUUCUGGUACUCAAAUGAUACUGUAAUUGAUGAUGUGCUAGAUCAUCGUGUGCAUCAACGUUUAACAGAUGAUGCGGCUUCAUUUGUUGUCAAGAAUUCCAAACGCUCCGAUUCAGGCCAAUACCGUUUACAGCUGAAGAAUCCUUCAGGGUUCGAUACGGCCACAAUAAAUGUGAAAGUUUUGGAUAGACCGGGCCCACCACAUAAUUUGCGUGCUGAUGAAUUUGCUGGGGACUCCUUAACCCUUUAUUGGAAUCCUCCGAAAGAUGAUGGUGGUUCACCAGUGCAAAAUUAUAUAAUAGAAAAGAAAGAGGCUCGUUCCUCCACUUGGUCUAAGGUGAGCAGUUAUUGCACCGUGCCUUUUGUACGAAUUCGCAAUCUUGUAAUUAAUAAAGAGUAUGAAUUCCGCGUGUUUGCUGAGAAUAAAUAUGGUACAUCGGAAGCAGCAAUUACAACAGAACCAAUACGUGCUCGCCAUCCAUUUGAUGUACCAAAUGCACCUGGUAUUCCCCGAGGCAUUGAUUCUAGCGAGGAUAGCAUUACUAUUGCCUGGUCUAAGCCCAAGCAUGAUGGUGGUUCACCGAUUACUGGAUACGUAAUCGAAAAGCGCUUGUUAAGUGAAGAGAAAUGGACAAAGGCAAUGCAUAAUCUAUGUCCGGAUUUAACGUGCAAGGUGCCCAAUUUAAUAGAGAAUGCAGAGUACGAAUUCCGUGUAGCGGCUGUUAAUGCUGCUGGACAAUCCCCGUAUAGCGCAUCCAGUGAUUUAAUUUAUUGCCGCCGACCACCGCACGCACCAAAGAUCACUUCCGAUUUAUCUAUACGGGAUCUCACUGUGAUUGCUGGAGAAGAAUUCCACAUUACUGUGCCAUAUCACUCAAAUCCAAGGGCUGUACCGAAUUGGAGUAUUAAUGGUAUUGAUGUUGUUCAGGAUGAACGCGUUAAAUUUGAAACAGAUGAUUACAGCUCGAUAUAUAGAAAUGUAAGUGCCAAACGAUCGGAAACUGGUUCAUAUACAAUUACAUUAAGCAAUACUAAGGGUUCGGACACGGCAUCUUGCCAUGUGACUGUGGUAGAUCGUCCUGGCCCACCACAAGGACCAUUAAAUGCUUAUGAUAUUACACCGGAUACGUGUACGUUAGCUUGGAAGACUCCUUUAGAUGAUGGUGGGUCGCCCAUUACUAACUAUGUUGUAGAGAAGUUAGACACGAGUGGCACUUGGGUAAAAGUCAGUAGUUUUGUUCGUAACACGCACUACGAUCUAAUGGGCCUGGAACCCAAUCAUAAAUACAAUUUCCGAGUGCGUGCUGAGAAUCAAUAUGGCCUGUCUGAUCCACUGGAUUUGUCCGAGCCGAUAACAGCCAAACAUCAAUUUACUGUGCCUGAUGAACCUGGACAACCCAAAGUCAUAGACUGGGACUCAGGCAAUGUGACUUUGAUCUGGACACGUCCAACAAGUGAUGGUGGCUCUCGUAUUCAAGGCUAUCAAAUUGAAUACAGAGAUGUUGUGAACGACUCUUCAUGGAAUACUUAUGAGUUCCUCAUCAAGGAUACCAAAUAUCAACUAUAUAAUUUGAUCAAUGGCAAUGAAUAUGAAUUCCGUAUCAAGGCAAGAAACGUCGCUGGUCUUAGCAAACCGUCGCAACCAUCAAUGAGAUUCAAACUUAAGGGUAAAUUUAAUGUGCCUGCGGCACCAGGGACUCCACAAGUGACGAAAGUUGGCAAAAAUUAUGUCGAUUUGAAGUGGGAAAAACCAAUAAAUGAUGGAGGAUCUCGCAUCACCGGUUACAUAAUCGAGAGACGAGAUAUUGGUGGUGCAGUUUGGGUUAAGUGUAAUGAUUAUAAUGUGCUAGAUACCGAAUUUACAGUCAUUAAUCUUAUCGAAAUGGGCGAUUAUGAGUUCCGCGUAUUUGCUGUUAAUGCAGCUGGUCGUUCUGAACCCAGUUUAUGCACCAUGCCCAUUAAGGUGUGCGAAAUUUUGGGCGGCGAGAAACCUGAUUGGAUUAAACGCUUACAAAACCGAGUCGCACCUUGCGGUAAAGAUUUUACUUUGGAAUGCGCAGCAUCGGGUAAACCAAUACCUACUGCCCGUUGGCUACGCAAUGGCAAAGAAAUCCAAAUGGGCGGAGGACAUAUCUCAAGCGAUAGCAAGGAUGGCGUAUUUAGAUUACACUUAUCUAAUGUACAAGCUAAUGAUGAUGGGGAUUACACUUGUGAAGCCAUCAAUUCUUUAGGAUUUGUACAUACCUCUGGUUAUCUAAAAGUGGGCUCGCCACCUAUUAUCAAUAGAUGUCCCAAUGAACUGUAUUUACCAGAGGGCGAUAAUAACAAAUUUAAAGUUUAUUAUUCUGGAGAUCAGCCGAUGUCAGUGAGACUAACGCGCAAUAAUGAGCCCAUAAUUGAUUCAGGCGAUAAUUCACAUUUUAGACUUAACAUCUUCGAUGAUUAUAUUGCCAUUUGUAUCAGGGAUAUUGUGAAAAACGAUGCAGGUCAAUAUCAAAUUGAAUUAUCUAAUGAUUCUGGCAAUGCAAACGCGAAUUUUAAUGUUUUUAUUACUGGUCUUCCUUCAAUACCAACUGGUCCUUUGGGAAUAUCUCACAUUAAUAAGCACUCUUGUACAUUGGCUUGGCGUCCACCUAGUUAUGAUGGCGGACUAAAAAUUACUCACUAUGUGGUGGAACGCAAGGAUCUUACUUCACCUCAUUGGAUUACAGUAUCGAGCUCAUGCAAGGAUUUGUCGUUCAAUGUGCAAGGUCUGCUCGAGAAUCAAGAAUAUAUAUUCCGAGUGAUGGCUGUUAACGAGAAUGGUAUGGGUUUGCCAUUGGAAGGCUUAAAUCCGAUACGCGCCAAGGCUCCAGUUGAUCCACCUUCACCGCCCGGCAUUCCACAAAUUACCGAAAUCGGCGGAGACUUUGUUCACUUGGAAUGGACCAAGCCCGAAUUCGAUGGCGGUGCCCAUAUCCAAGGCUAUUGGAUUGACAAACGCGAAAUUGGCAGCGAUACUUGGCAACGAGUUAAUCCAAUCAUAUGUCUACCCAAUCAAAUUAACUGCCACAAUCUAAUUGAGAGUCGUCAGUAUGAAUUCCGAGUUAUAGCGCAAAAUAUUGCCGGGCUUUCAAAGGAAUCAUCUGCAUCGCAGACCGUUAAAAUUAUCGAUCCAAAGGCGGCAACGCCACCCAUUAUUGAGAAACCACUGCGCGAUGCACAUUGCAUUCAAAAUCACAAUGCGCAGUUCACGUGCACCAUAACUGGUGUACCUAGACCAACUAUAUCCUGGUUUAAGGGCGCCAGGGAAAUAACAAAUGGAGCUCGAUAUCGCAUCUAUUCAGAAGGGGACAGUCAUUUCCUCAAUAUUAACGAUAUUUUUGGUGAAGAUGCCGACGAAUAUGUUUGCCGUGCUGUUAACAAAGCUGGUGCCAAGUCCACACGUGCUGCUCUCGCAAUUAUGACUGCCCCUAAACUAAAUGUGCCACCAAGAUUUAGAGAUACUGCCUACUUCGAUAAGGGUGAAAAUGUUGUUAUCAAAAUACCUUUCACCGGUUUUCCCAAGCCUCGCAUACAUUGGGUUCGGGAAGGAGAAUGUAUCGAAUCUGGCGGUCACUACAAUGUUGAAGUGAAGGAUCGUCACGCUGUGCUGACAAUACGCGACGGCUCUCGCCUCGAUUCAGGGCCAUAUCGAAUUACAGCUGAGAAUGAACUUGGCGUCGAUGUCGCCAACAUCCAAGUGCAAAUCAGUGAUAGGCCAGAUCCGCCACGUUUCCCGUUGGUAGAAAGUAUCGGGACUGAUUCGCUGUCUCUAAGUUGGAAACAACCUGUUUGGGAUGGCGGUAGCGACAUUACAAACUACCUGGUAGAACGCCGCGAGCAUCCAUUGUCUUCGUGGAUACGUGUGGGUAACACACGCUUUACUUCAAUGGCUGUCAGUGGCUUAAGCCCAGGCAAGGAGUAUGAUUUUCGUAUUUUUGCCGAUAACGUUUAUGGACGUUCGGAUUCAUCGGAAAUAAGCACUUUGAUCAAAACGAAAGAUGCAACUAAGAAGAAGCCAACAGAACGCAAAUGGGAGUUGGAUGCGAAUGGCAAGAGAAUUCGUGGCAAGGCCGAUGGACCUAUUAAGGAUUACGAUUCUUAUGUAUUCGAUAUUUAUUCAAAGUUUGUUCCACAGCCCGUGGAAAUAUCACAAACUAGUGUUUAUGAUAAAUACGAUAUUCUAGAGGAAAUCGGAACUGGAGCGUUUGGUGUUGUCCAUCGAUGCCGUGAGCGCAGCACUGGCAAUAUUUUUGCAGCAAAAUUCAUACCUGUAUCGCAUUCCGUCGAAAAAGAGUUGAUUCGCCGAGAGAUUGAUAUUAUGAAUCAGCUGCAUCAUCAAAAACUUAUCAACUUACAUGACGCUUUCGAAGAUGAUGAUGAAAUGGUACUCAUUCUGGAAUUUUUAUCCGGUGGUGAACUCUUUGAGCGCAUUACGGCUGAAGGCUAUGUGAUGACCGAAGCUGAAGUUAUCAACUAUAUGCGACAAAUAUGUGAAGGCAUCCGGCACAUGCAUGAGAAGAACAUUAUUCACUUGGAUAUUAAGCCUGAGAAUAUAAUGUGUCAGACUCGUAGUAGCACAUGUGUUAAGCUCAUUGAUUUCGGAUUAGCCACACGAUUGGAUCCAAAUGAAAUGGUAAAAAUCACGACGGGAACAGCUGAAUUUGCUGCUCCGGAAAUUGUCAACAGAGAACCCGUUGGCUUCUAUACUGAUAUGUGGGCCACCGGAGUACUUGCCUACGUUCUAUUAAGUGGACUUUCUCCAUUUGCUGGAGAUAAUGAUGUGCAAACACUGAAAAAUGUGAAGGCAUGUGAUUGGGACUUUGAUAAGGAAGCAUUCAAACAUAUUUCCGAAGAGGGCAAAGAUUUUAUAAGGAAACUUCUUCUUGCCAACAAAGAGAAACGAAUGACCGCGCACGAAUGCCUGUUGCAUCCCUGGCUGACGGGAGAUCAUAGUGAAUUAAAACAAAAAAUUGCACGCGAUCGUUACCUCGCAUAUCGAGAGAGACUAAGACAAAAAUAUGCCGAUUUCGAAAAAUACUUACUGCCAAUUGGACGAUUAUCCGAAUAUUCAUCAUUGCGCAAAUUACUCAUGGAGAAAUACAAGAUACACGAAGCGGUCUUUGAUCGAAGACAAGCUGCUCCACGAUUUGUCAUUCGACCAUCUUCUCAAUUUUGUUAUGAGGGUCAAAGCGUUAAGUUUUAUUGCCGAUGCAUUGCAAUUGCUACCCCUACAUUAACGUGGUCGCACAACAAUAUUGAGUUGCGGCAGAGCGUUAAAUUUAUGAAAAGAUAUGCUGGUGAUGAUUAUUACUUUAUCAUAAAUCGAGUUAAACUCGAGGACCGAGGGGAAUAUAUCAUUAGAGCCGAAAAUCAUUAUGGCUCACGCGAGGAAGUCGUUUUCCUCAAUGUCCAUCCCCUGCCAAAAGAACAGCCCAGAUAUCGAAUUGAAUCGACGCCGGUUCGUCGCCGUGAACCAUUGCCUUACACAUUCUGGCAGGAAGAAUCCGAGUCGGCACCCAGUUUUACAUUCCUUUUACGUCCACGCGUAAUGCAAGCUCGUGACACAUGUAAGCUUCUUUGUUGCCUCAGUGGUAAACCAGUUCCUACCGUCAAAUGGUAUAAGGAUGGGCGUGAAUUAAGUAAAUACGAGUACGCCAUGACCCAUUCAGAUGGUGUUGUCACAAUGGAAAUAAUUGAUUGCAAGCCUUCGGACUCCGGCAAAUAUAGUUGCAAAGCAACUAAUUGCCAUGGGACUGACGAAACUGAGUGUGUUGUUAUAGUUGAAGGAGAAUGGGUAACGCCUGAGCAGGCUGAACUUGCUCACAAUUUUCUAUACUCAGGAGAUCGUAAGUACAUUGAACAGCCCAUCAAGCCAUCCCCAGCACCAAUUAUCACAAACCGUCAAUUUACAUCAUCAACCAGUAAUGCGCAGACGGCGAGAACCAGCUUAACUUCUGAUGGCAAGACUGUCAUCAGCACAAACAGUAGUUCCUCAACAACUCAGAAUAGCAUUUCAAGUAAGAAGAAAUAUGCAGCCAAUUCCUUACAAGCGCCAGGCAGCCCAUCUAGAUCUCGAAGUGCCACCAAAGAGCUAAUACUUCCUCCGGAUGACUCGUUAAUGUGCAAGCCGGAGUUUACAAAGCCUCUUUUUGAUUUGACUGUACACGAUGGCGAUGAAUUAGUAUUAAGUUGCCAUGUAAAAGGCGAUCCAGAACCACAAAUCACAUGGUCCAAGAACGGCAAGACUAUAUCUUCCUCGGAAAUAAUGGACUUAAAGUAUAAGAAUGGUAUUGCCACUCUUACCAUUCAUGAAAUUUUUCCGGAAGAUGAAGGCAUUUUCACAUGCACUGCAACAAAUUCAAUCAGUGCUGUCGAAACCAAAUGCAAACUAAGCGUUAAACUUUUGGACAAAGUGUCGAGCAACCGUAAGGUACCGGUUGGAAGCGAUAAACAACCCAAAAUUGUAAGCCAUUUGGAAUCAAGAUUUGUUAAAGAUGGAGAUGCAGUUACUCUGGCUUGUCGUAUUAUUGGCGCCAAACAUUUUGACGUAGUAUGGCUGCAUAAUAAUAAGGAAAUCAAACCCAGCAAGGAUUUCCAAUACACGAAUGAGGCGAAUAUCUAUCGCUUGCAGAUCGCAGAAAUAUUUCCAGAGGAUGGUGGUACUUACACAUGUGAGGCGUUUAACGAUGCUGGAGAAACUUUCAGCACAUGUACCAUAAAUGUCGUCGUACCUGGUGACGAACCGAAGUCGCCAACUUUUAUCAAAUUUCCUAUUUCUGUUUCUUUAACGGAAGGAGAGAAAGCUAAUUUUGAAUGUGAGCUCGACAGCGAUCUGUCCAAUCUGUCUUGGAUGAAAGAUGGCAAGCCUAUUGAUGAGUCGCAUUCGAGAUACUCAUUCACCAAGGACAACAAUCGUUAUACGUUUACAAUCAUCAAAUGCACAUUAGAUGAUGUUGGCCAAUAUCAGACGAAGGCAAUGGCUACGAAGGGUGAAAGCCUGUGUGCAUUUUCGCUUAAUGUGCAGAGCCCUGAUACCUAAAGCACAUGCAACUAUUUAGACUGCUCAUUAUUUACUAAACAUAUCUCAUCUAAAUUUGAAACAAAAUUAAAUAUCAAAAAUCAAUUAUCAAAAUGUAACCAACGAUACAGAUAUUCUCUAUCCUUCAUUAGUGAUUAUAACUACAACCUCAAUUACAUUUGGACUGACAAUAAUACGAAGAUCACCUAUUAUUUAUAGAGAUAAAAACAAAAAUGUUUUGCUAAUAUUUAAAUAAUAGUAACAUUUAGGCGAAAUGUAAUUUCAUAUUUUAUUGUAUGAUGUAUUCUAUGUACAUUAAUUGACAAUUGACCAUUCUACGAAAAUUCUAUAGCGGUCCAAUCAAACUGUCGUUCGAUCUGUGGCACUUAUGCUGGCAUCCUCACUUAAAAUCUUCACUGCAUAAGUUUCACAUUUUAGUUCGCCAUGAUUUUUUUCUGCUAUUUUCAUAUAAUAUUAUUGCGAUUAAUUGAACCAAAAAUAGAUUACAAUAAAUCUGAAAUAUCGAAAAUCGAAAAAAUAAACGAAUUGCAAAUUUACAAA